ACAAGACCAGGAAAUGAGCUUCAAAAACGAAGUCUGGUUUUGGCCGCUUGGGUGCUACUGUUCGACUGCACCAGACAUAGUGCUUCUUCUGACAGCACCAUUUUAGAAGUCAGGACUUCCCACAGCACAGGAGCAAACAACGCCUGCUUCCGUCUUUCUGGACAUCACCCUUAUGCCAUUCCCGUCACCGGCUAACUAAAAGCGAGGUCAACAUGGCAACCAGGUGGGGAAUAUGCGGCGCUGGGAAGAUCAGCCACGACUUCUCCGUGGCUCUGAAGACGCUUCCGGCUGGAAAUCAUAAGAUUGUGGCUGUGGCUGCCCGCAUUCUACAGAACGCGGAGGAAUUCGCCAAAAAACACAACAUCCCUAAAGCGUACGGGAGCUACGAGGAGCUGGCAAAGGACCCGGAGAUAGACGUGGUCUACCUGGGCGUUCUGCACACGCAGCACCUGCGGGUCGGCCUGCUCUUCCUCCGCGCCGGGAGAAACGUGCUGUGCGAGAAGCCCUUCGCCAUGAACUCCCGGGAGGUGAAGCAACUCAUCGACAGCGCCAGAGAGAACAACGUUUUCCUGAUGGAGGCCAUGUGGACGCGCUUCUUCCCCGCCUCUCGGGAGAUCAGCCGAAUCCUGUCCCAGGGGGAGCUGGGGGAGGUGAAGGUGGCGCGGGCUGAGUUCGGGGUACCCUCAAUGCACGUGCCCCGGUCGGUGGAGAAGGAGCUGGGAGGGGGGGCACUGAUGAACAUCGGGGUCUACUGCGUGCAGUUUGCGCUGAUGGUGUUCGACGGGGAGAGGCCUGAGACCAUCCAGGCCUCUGGAUUCUGUCUGGACUCAGGUGUGGAUGAGGCCAUGGUGGUUACUUUGACGUUCUCGCGGAACAGGAUAGCCGUGUGCAUUUGCUCUGUCGCGGCCCAGCUCCCCAAUGAAGCCGUCAUCGUUGGAACGAAGGGGAGCAUCAAGAUCCCAGCUAACAUGUGGUGCCCCACCGCCCUGGUGGUGAACGGGAAGGAGGAGGAGUACCCACUGCCCCAGCCUUCCUUGCCGCUCAACUUUGUGAACAGCACCGGGUUGCGCUACGAGGCCGAGGAGGUGCGCCAGUGCCUCCUGAAAGGGCUGAAGGAGAGCUCUCGGAUGUCGCUGUCGGACUCGGCCCUGCUGAUGGAGAUUAUGGACGAAGCCAGGAGGCAGGUGGGGGUGCUGUACAGCCAGGACAUCCAGUGACCCUGGGUUCCGCUACCUCAGACACUGACCCCUCCCCCCAUUCACACUGACCAAUAAAGCGGUCCCAUCAUCCAGAUGACAUCAUUAAAUGUGCUUAUCAAAUGAAUAGGAGCAUUGACACUCGUGUCACGAAGAUUCCCAAAAAAGACUACAUAUGGUCACGUAAUCAUCCCCCUACCCAUGGAAGACGUGUUUUAUUUAAAAGGAGCAAUCUGUGAUUUGACAUUGAAAUGAUUUGGUGACUAUGUUGCUUAUGGUACAGAUAAUAAUCCCUGUCCCAUCUUAAAAAAAAUGAGAUUUAAAUGAAAUUUCUGCUGCUUGUAGAGACAAUUCAUGUAGGGUUUUUUUUUUUUUUUUUGAUUGAUGCCAACUACAUGCUAGUUCACCAAUCUUUGUGCAUUGGCUAAUAUGGUGGAAUCAGUGAGUAGGAUGUGUCAUCCUCAUUUUGUAAAGUUUGGCUGAUUAUUAAAAAAAAGGUUAAAAAUU